CCGCCGCCGCCCCACUCCCCUCGCCCGGGCCCGCGCUGGCUGCUGCUGCCGCUGCCGCUUCCCGCCCCGCCGAAUAUGAUCGUGGACGGCAACCGGGAGACGCCGGCCGACGGCGACUCCGGCUCCAUGAGCAGCCCCCUCAACCUGGCCUAUUUCUACAGCGCCUCCCCCUACUCCAGCGACGGCAGCUGCUCGCCGGCCCACUCCGCCCCGGGGUCGCCCGGCUCCGACUCGGAGCUGUCCGGCGGCGGCCGGAGGAGGGACUCCCUGGACGGCGCCCGCCAAGCCCUGCAAGCUGAACGCCACAUGGGGGGAGGAAAGCAGCACAGAGGACCUUUCCAAGGGGUUCGUGUGAAAAAUUCAGUGAAGGAGCUCCUAUUGCACAUUAGAAGCAACAAACAGAUGUCCUUAGGCCAUGUUGCUGAUGAAUUCAAGGCACAAGCAGGAUUGAUGAACUACGAACAAUUAACAGAGUUGAAGAACAUACUCACUCAUAGUGGUAAAAGAGAGGCUUAUGAGUCUCUCUCUGAUGGACCCAGUUACAAAAGACCAGCUACUUUCCACUCUCACCUCUUGACACCACCACAAACACCAACCUCUAUGGAUAACGUGGAGGAUGCCCAUAAAAAUGAACCAAAACAUAACGGUUCUGACAUGCUUCAAAAUAUUAUAAAUAUUAAGAAUGAGUCGAAUCCUGUUUCUCUGAACACAGUGCAGGUCAGCUGGCUGCACACCAUAUCUAACCAUGACUCACCAGGGGACCGAUAUCAGGAUACCCAAGAGGCACAGGCUUUCUCCCUGUCUGAGAAGUACCAAGCCUUCCAAGCCAAUAGUCCCCAACAAAUGCUGGAUCCACCCCAGAAUUACCAGUUUUCUUCCUCACAGAGCCAGGAUUUGCCACAGAAAUAUACUAGGGAUUCAUUACUGGAAUACAGGCCAUUUUCUGGCAAUGAUCAGUCCCCUACCUACCAACAGAAUAUCUUUGAAAGCCACGAACUGCAGUAUUGCCCAACCCAAAGUUUUGAAUCUCUCUUGAACGAUUCUGAACACUCAGAGAAUAUACUCCAGCCUCUAGCCACUGCCCAUCAGCAGGCUGAUGUCAAUGUCCACACUCAGAAUUUCAGCCUAAUACCAAAUAACAGCUGUAGUACGCUCGAUGGACACAGUUCAUCUCUGACUACUCUGAAUGUCCCUCUACAACACCAAGGUAUUGUCAGAAACACAACACAACUGGGCAAGUCAUUCUUUCAGUGGCAAGUGGAACAGGAAGAAAACAAACUGGCCAGCAUCUCUCAAGAGCAGAUCCUUGCAAAAGACUCAGAUGGGGACACGUUCCUUCACAUUGCUGUUGCUCAGGGUCGACGGGCUCUUUCCUAUGUUCUUGCUAGAAAGAUGGCUGCUCUGCACAUGUUGGAUAUUAAAGAGCAUAAUGGCCAGAGUGCCUUUCAGGUGGCCGUGGCGGCCAAUCAGCAUCUUAUUGUCCAGGACCUGGUUAGCUUGGGGGCCCAAGUGAAUACCACAGACUGCUGGGGUAGAACGCCAUUGCACGUUUGUGCUGAGAAGGGGCAUUCCCAAGUCCUUCAGGCAAUCCAGAAGGGAGCCAUUGGAAGUACUCAGUAUGUGGCCCUUGAGGCGACAAACUAUGAUGGGUUCACAGCUUUGCACUGUGCAGUGCUGGCCCAUAACGCUGUGGUGCACGAACUCCGGAACAGUCAGCCGCCGCACUCUCCUGAAGUCCAGGAGCUUCUGUUGAAAAACAAGAGUCUGGUGGACACCAUCAAAGCUCUGAUCCAAUUGGGAGCCUCUGUCGAAGCAAAAGAUGGUAAAAGUGGUCGCUCGGCUCUGCAUUUGGCAGCAGAAGAAGCUAAUCUGGAGCUUAUUCGUUUCUUUUUGGAUCUACCCAACUGCCUCUCUUUCGUUAACGCAAAGGCUUACAAUGGCAACACAGCACUCCAUGUGGCUGCCAGCCUGCAGUAUCGGGUGAGUCAGUUGGAUGCAGUUCGUCUGCUGAUGAGAAAGGGAGCUGAUCCAAGUGCUAGAAACUUGGAGAAUGAGCAACCGGUUCACCUGGUUCCUGAUGGCCCUGUAGGAGAACAGAUACGGCGUAUCCUGAAGGGGAAGGCAGUUCAGCAAAGAGCUUCACCAUAUUAAACUCCAUGUGUCUUGGAGUUCAGUACACUCACUGUCAGUUAGGCAGUCCUAAUGUAUCUGUAAAUAGACCAUUUGCCCUGUGGAGGCAAAUGUGAGUUGUUUCUAUGAAACAAAAGUAUUUAGUUCACUAUCAUAUAGUGGGUUAUGUUAACAAUUCAAAUUCCUCUGAACAGAUGGGAAUGUUCCAUACCCAGGUGUCUGAAUACCUGGAUUUAAUAGCUGUGGCAAGAUGACUUAUUUAAACAGUUUUAACUAGUUCUGAGGCAAGGAUGAUUGUACUGAAGGUUUCUUUUUGUAUUUAGAUAGGUAUGAGAUAAAUAGCAACAACGUUAAGUUGGUUCUUUUUUAAUCACACAAAUAUUAACUUAUGGAGAAAAACUAAUAUUAAUUUUAGAGGCCAACAGAAUAUUUAUAUUUCUCAGUAGAUUUUUUCCAGUGUCUUAUACUGUACUGUAUAUAAAUCAGUAGCAUUAUUAUGCUUUUCCAUAGUUCUUUGUAAUUUUGCUUGAAAUGAACUAAAAAAUGACAAGUGUUUCAAAUGUAGAACCUUGUAUUGUGGAUUGCACAUUGAAUUCUAAUAUUAUGCUUGUACAAAUAGAUGUAUUUCAUUAUAUGUAUGAUUGUGAGGGCAAAGAGUACGGUGAAAAUGAAUUGUCACUGACGCUUGUAUACAUCCAUCAAAGUUAUUAACAGGAAAUGAAAUGCCAUAUCUAAAUCAUAGAAUCCUAGAACAUCGGGUUUGGAAGGGACCUCGGGAGGUCAUCUAGUUCAACCUCCUUCUCAAAUGACUAUAAGCUUGAUCCUACUCCAAGUGAAAUCCGUGGGGACAGUAUCGGACCCUGUUUGCAUGCACCAGCACAGGAUUUCUUUCAUCUUGACAGUGGAUUAUGUGGGAGAAAUAUUCCUAUCUAUACAGUGUAUAUAUUUUCUUUAAUGAAUAUGGCCCUGAUUCAAGCAAGUACUUAAGCACGUACGCUUAACUCCCUCCCUAGUCAGUGAAAUACUUAAAUAUCAGCUUAAACCCCUCAAUGAUUUCAAUUUAAGUACUUUUGCCAUGUAUUUACUUCUAAAGGAGAAUACUUUCAACAGUUAGUCCUAUGUUUUUACCUUAUAAGCAUAGUGGAUAGCCAAGUUAUAUUUGAAGCUAACGUUGUUUUUGUUUUUUAAGAAUAAUUCUGACUAUUAUUGCAAAAUGUUUACGAAUGAUGCUGUAUAGACAUGCUCUGUCGGAAAGAAUUUCAUGUUUCCAAAGUGGUCCAGUGUGUACAAUAAUCCAAUUUGUUCUUACUGUCUUUGCUCUAACUGUUCUUGCAUCGCGUGUGAUUCUCUUCCAUAGCAAUGUAACUAAUUUGGGAUAAUCUGAUCACAUUGUUUGACAAAGUAUGUCUUGUAGACAAGUUAAUUGGAGAAAUCUGGUAUCCUCAAAUGUAGCUGUGAUGCAUAUCCACUAAAUUCUCAUGUACAGUUUCAAAUAAAUCUGUUAAUCCAAAAA